AUGUUCACAUUCAAUCAGAGAAUAAUACACUCCGAUGUAGAUGUUACAGAACAUCCUUUUGCUCUCCCAAAUAUACCUCUCAUUAAAAUUACAGCUAAAGAUCCAUCUCAAACUGUUAAAAUUCAAUUUGUAAAACUGACACCACCAGAUACACCAGUUUUGAAUGAAACCGAAACCGUUAUUGUAUCUCAAAGAAAUGUCACAUUAUUCUCAACAAUGACUUCUUCAAAUGAACAAUAUCUUAAUUAUAUUGUAUACAAUUUACCACAAACAAAUGAUUCGGCACCAUCUAAUAAUUAUUUCAGGAACUAUACAUGCAAUCAAAUUAUUUCAUUUUUACCAAAUAUGGUCUAUCUCAAACCUAAAUUCAGUACAAGUGCUUUCAAUUGUACAGUAGAUAGAUUUGGAAAUCUCAAUUAUGUAUAUUCAGUUCCACUUAGCCCAUCAUUUAAAUAUGAUGGAAUUAUAUCAGAUAUGUUAACCCUGACAAAAACUCUAAUUCCUGGUCAAGAAGAAAAAGAAUAUUUGUUUGAAAAAGAUAAGGCUUAUGUUAUUCCAUCAGAAGUCGGAGUUUAUACCAAAGAAAAACUUGAAAAUUACACACAAGAAAAUAAACCAAAUGAAGUUCAUUUUGAUCCACCAAAGUUUAACAUAGAAGAACCAUGUUCACUUAGAUUUGAUCAAUUCUAUGAAUAUGAUAUAACAGAUAAAUACAUGCGCCUUCCUUAUGCAGCAUCAAAGAUAUUCACUCUUGGUCCUAAUGUAUACAAAUGUCUCUACGGAAACUACAUCUUAGAAUCCAAAGACGAAUUCACUGCAUUAAUUACUACAUAUGCUCGUGAUGAAACAAAAGGAAUUAUAGUAAAGAAUGUCACAAAAGUUGAUAAUCCUUUCAUGAUUUCUGAUAACGAUUUAAUCUUUUCUGAACAAAAAUCAAUCAAAUUAAUAUGCAAGGAUCAAUCUAAGGAAUGUAAGAUACAAAUUGUAUCAUUUAAGCCACCAUCAAAUAUAACAAAUACUGAAGAAGUUGUUACAUCUGUUUUCACAACGAAAUCUAAUGCAGAUUUCGGAUUUGAAAUUAAAUAUGGAGACGUAAACAGUUUCUACACAUUUACAGUUCAUAGUCCAGUUCCUGUUGAAGUUUCACGACUUGCUAGUAAUGAUGAAGCAGUUGCAUUUAUGACAAACAAAGAUGGAAGUGCAACAAAUAAAAUCAUUGGUAAUGAUGUUACAUUAUUCUACACUACACAAAUUGUUUGUUCUCUUUGUGAUAAUCCAUCAGGCAAAACAAGUUCUAAAGCAUCAACCUACAAUGUAAAUCUUACUAUUCGUGAAACAGCAACUAGUUCAGAAGAUGUCGAAGCAGAAGAUGAUUUGUUUGAGAAAGAUCAAACAUAUGCAUUUCCAUAUGAAGGCGGUGUUUACAGCAAAGAAGAAAUUGUUGAAUAUACUAAAAAGAAUGGAAUUAAAGCACGUGAAAUAGAAGUAAAAUCUAAUAAUGGAUCCACUGUUGGAAUCAUUGUAGGAAUUGUUAUUGCAAUAGUUAUUAUUGCUGCCAUUGUUGUAAUAGUAAUAAUCGUAAUUAAGAGAAAGAAAUCUAAGGAACAAUCAAAUAUGUGCGAACUUGAAAAUUGUUCCAGUAGCCAUAAAGAUACAAAUAAAAAUAAAAAGGAUGAAGAGUUAAGUGAAUCAAGCAAAAAUAAAAAGGAUGAAGAGUUAAGUGAAUCAAGCAAAAAUAAAAAGGAUGAAGAGUUAAGUGAAUCAAGCAAAAAUAAAAAGGAUGAAGAGUUAAGUGAAUCAAGCAAAAAUAAAAAAGAUGAAGAGUUAAGUGAAUCAAGUAAACAUAAACACUCAAAGAAGCAUAAAAAGAAUAAGGAUUUAAGUGAUUACAGUAGGCACAAAUAUUCAAGUGAUGAAGGGAGCAAAAGCUAUUCAGUUUCAGAAAGAAUUUAUUCAGACUCCGAAAAAAUCUACUCUGACUGA